AUUCAAUCGGGACUGGCUGGCUUGGCUUUGUUGAUGUGAUCCGUUUUCCAUUUUUCUUCACUUAAUUGUUGAAAGAAAUAGUAAUACGUGCGUAAUUUAUGCUUCCGCGAAGGUCCCACGGUACGGUUCUCUAGGUUUGCACGUUCCUGGUCUGCUGGAACCGUAGGCAAAUCGCCCCCGCAUAGGCUACGAUGUCGAAAAGAUCGGCAGAAGAAGCGGCCGGUGGUGCCAGCGGUACGGUCGGCGGUGGUACAGGUACAGGUGGCGCUGGUGGCCUGCAGCCACCGAUCAAGAAGGUACACUUCGAACCACACCUUAUCGGGCCGAUUUCGACACUGGAAGAGUUGGACAUCAAGGUGCUGAAGUUCCAAAACAAAAAGCUAGCCCAGCGGAUCGAACAGCGGAUACGAUGCGAAUCGGAGCUACGGUCAAGAAUCGAACAGCUCGAAAAGCGUCAAACGCAGGACGAUGCCGUACUGAACGUGGUCAAUCGGUACUGGAACCAGCUAAAUGAAGACAUUCGCGUACUGCUGCAACGUUUCGACGCGGAAACGGCGGACGAAUCGGAAAACAAAAACGAGAACGAGGUAACGACCUCUUUUCUCAUGCAGCUAUCGACCUGGGACAAGGAAGAGCUCGAUGACAAGCUGGCGAAUCGGGUGCAGGUGUCGAAGCGUGCCGUGGCCAAAAUCGUACAGGUGUUCGACCGGUUAAUGCAGCGUAACGAGAAGCUGAUGAUGGCAAUGAAGGGUGAAGCAGAGGACGGUAAAUCGCCGGCCAUGGCACCGCCAGAUUUGGAUGAAUCCCUGCGCCAAACGUACAUCGACGUGAUGGCGGAGAACCGAAACCUGCAGACACAGAACACACUGCUGCACGAAAAGUUUCACACGAUAUCGCUUAAGUUGAGCGAGUACCAGGACAUGCUGAAUGGCAAAGAAACAGAAGCGGCCGAACUGCGCAACCAGAUCGACGAUCUGCAGUACGAGCUGGAGAAGGUGAGGUGUCGGAACGAUAAGCUCGAAAACCACCUUGCCGAGGCGAUCGAAAAGCUGAAAGCGUAUCACCAACUGCACGGAGGCGAUCCGCUCAGCGGCGGUGGCGCGAGCGGUGACUCCGGGCGGCAAUCUUCCUCGGCCGGCGGCGGUUCGAGAGGGUCCGGCUCGAUGACGAGCGUGGCCGCGCAGCACCUCGAAGAUCUGCAAAAAGAGCUGGAGGAGUACAAGGAACUAUCGAACAACCGGUUGCAGGAGCUGGACAAAUUGCAUUUGCAGCAUCGCGAGGCGCUGAAAGAGGUGGAGAAGCUAAAGAUGGACAUACGACAGCUGCCGGAAUCGGUAAUCGUCGAGACGACCGAGUACAAGUGCUUGCAGUCCCAGUUCUCCGUGCUGUAUAACGAAUCGAUGCAGAUCAAAACGCUGCUGGACGAAAGCCGGAAUCAGCUGCAGUCGAGCAAGAACCAGCAUCUGCGCCAGAUCGAGAUGAUGGAAAGCGAAGAGCUGAUCGCACAGAAGCGGGUGCGCAGCGACAUGAUCCAGAUGGAGGACGUGAUGUCGCAGAUCCGGAAGGAGUAUGAGAUGCUGCGGAUCGAGUUCGAGCAGAACAUGGCGGCGAACGAACAGACGGCCCCGAUUAAUCACGAGAUGCGUCAUCUCAUCCUGUCGCUGCAGAACCACAACGGUCAGCUGAAGGGUGAGGUGCAGCGAUACAAGAAAAAGUACAAAGAUGUGUCCGCGGACAACACGAAGCUGCGGAAGGAGCUGGAAGAGCAGACGAGUAAAGUGACCGUGCUGCAGGAAGCCCAACAGCAGCUGGCGGAAACGAUCAAGAUGGAAAAUUGUCUCUCGAUGCGUGACGCCGGCAGCGGUGGCGGUGCGUCCGUGAAGGAAGAGUCCGGCGGGCUGCUGCUCGAACGGGACGGCCAGUGCGCGAUCAAGGAGGAAGACCCGAACGGGUCGCUAAAUUCGUGCGGUCCCGGUGGGCUGGGCGGAACCAGUGGUGGCUCGCUGACGAGGUCCGACUCCGGCGAGGAGGGCGAGAUGGACGCGAACGGUAUCAAGCGGGAAGAGAUUAUGGGACCGGACGGGUUGAUGGUGGUGAAAAAGGAAGGAUCGGCCGGUGCGACAGGCGGGGGCGGCGGCGGCGGUCUCGGGAUGGACGGGAAGGCAAAUGGGCCCGCCGACCAUCAUCGGGGCGUGAAGUGCGUCGAGUCGGAUCUGGUGCGCGAUCUGCGCAAUCAGCUGAAGAAAGCUUUAAACGAUCAGAAAGAGAUGAAGCUACUGCUGGACAUGUACAAGGGUGUGCCGAAGGAGCAGCGGGACAAGGUACAGCUGAUGGCGUCGGAGAAGAAAAAGUGCGCCGAAAUCGAGGACCUCAAGUUGCAGAUGAAGAAGCUGCAGGAGAGCAAACGGGAGGACCGAAAGAAGCUGGCGGACGAGGAAGCGCUGCGGAAGAUCAAGCAGCUGGAGGAGCAGAAGUACGAGCUGCAGAAGCAGGUCCAGAACCAGAAGCAACCGCCAGACAGCAGUUGGACAACCGGCUAUCGACCAUUUGAAGAAGAGGCUCUCCUAAACGAAAUGGAAGUGACCGGGCAGGCGUUCGAGGAUAUGCAGGAGCAAAACUCAAGACUGAUACAGCAGUUGCGCGAGAAGGACGACGCAAACUUUAAGCUAAUGUCCGAUCGCAUUAAAGCCAAUCAGAUGCACAAGCUGCUCAGGGAGGAAAAGCAACUGCUUGAAGAUCAGGUAUCAACGCGAGAUAGUCAAAUCGAAGCGAUGCACGUCGUAUUACGAAAGCUCGAAGAGAAGGAACGCAUACUGCAGAACACGGUCACCACGAUCGAGAAGGAGCUGGUCGCGCGCCAGCAGGCGAUGGAGAUGCACAAGCGGAAAGCGAUCGAAUCGGCCCAGUCGGCCGCAGAUCUAAAGCUGCAUCUGGAGAAAUAUCACGCCCAGAUGAAGGAAGCGCAGCAGGUCGUGGCGGAAAAGACGAGUUCACUCGAGGCGGAGGCGUACAAAACGAAGCGGCUACAGGAGGAGCUGGCCCAGUUCAAGCGCAAGGCGGAGCGGAUGAAGAAGAUCGAAAUGUCCGGCACGACGAUCGACGAGGUGAUGCUGGAGGAGAUCCGCGAGUACAAGGAAACGCUCACCUGCCCAUCGUGCAAGGUGAAACGAAAGGAUGCGGUCCUGUCGAAAUGUUUCCACGUGUUUUGCUACGAUUGUUUGCGCACGAGGUACGAGACGCGCCAGCGCAAAUGCCCGAAAUGCAACUGUGCGUUCGGGGCGAACGACUACCACCGGUUGUAUCUGUCAACGUAAGGCUGCUGCGCAGGUGUGUUUUGUGUCCCUCUAGGAAUGUGUGUGUGUGUGCGCGCGCGCGCGUGUCUGUCUCUGUGUGUGUAAGAUUGUAUGGGAGUGUACGUCAGCGAUGGGCGACUGGUCUCCUUUCCUACUUCCCUUCUUCUGGUGUCUGUUUCCGGCCUCUUUCCCUAUCAAGUCAAGGGAAUACUUCCUUUUUCACCCCGAAAAGGAAGUGUCUGUGCGUGUGGAUGGGUGUGUGGGCGGACUAGACACAAUGACCCCUCCCCCCCUCUAGUGUAUAGUAUGUACAGUUUGAAUCUGUUCCGGGAUGCAGUUUCCUUUCGCGGAGGAAGGAAGGUCCCCGUAAUGCCAAGUUGAUUAAGCCCAAAUUUUAGAAGGAGAGAGCUUCACAAACGGCUGAACAUCUUCGUCGGCACUGUUAUUUGCUACUAGCCGUGUAUAAUAACCCCGUAAAUUAAUAAUAUCCCGUACAGUCGAAUCUAUUUCACCAGCAGAAGGCAACAACAAUGUUGUUGGACAUACACGGUUUAGCAAAAAAAGAAAAAAAACGGGCAGAAACGGAUGAGAUGUUCGAGGAUAGUAGGGAUAAACUAAUUCCACAAACUAUGACCGUUGAACCGUCACCACGAUCGUUCGCGAUUCGUCGUGCUUAGUCAGCAGCAAAACAAUUUACGCUAAAAAGGAAAACCAUUACGCUGUUAGGAAAUGGGUUUUUCAGUAAGUUUUGUUAGUCUUUUUGGUAGGCCGCUUCUCGAUGGACGGGGGCUGCAUAUGCUACCCGUGAUCUAGCUAGAAUUCAUUCUCCAUUAUAUUUUUUAUAGUUUUAUCAACUAUCUUCUUUUUUAAAGAACAUAUUUUUAACUUCCCUUGAUGCGGAAACCAAGUAAAUCACACCAAGUAACUGAGUGAAGAAGCAUUUGGAAAACAAAAUCCUUCAUCUCACGGUCACUGUUGCGAUUGGGUCCUUACGACGCCACUGUUGAGCUGUGUGCUGAUUUUUGAAUCUGUUAUUCUGCCUUCCCUACGAUUCCCCGCCAUUAUUCUGUUCCGUCUGACCACAGCCUGGGCGGUGGAUGCUGUCACUGUUUAACGUGUAUCAUUUAACCUCAACUGAAGCUAGAAUUUAUUUCUUGGACAAAAUAGUAAGAGAGAGAGAGAGAGAGAACACUAAGAGAUAGCUCUCUACCUCAGCCUCAGCCAGAGUGUGUACGGAAGCCGGAUCGAACGGAGUGGUGCUGUGAGUGUAUUGAUCGGAUGUGAGUGCAAUAAGAGGCAAUUCGUUGCACCUACUAGCAACAGUUUAGAAACGAAUGCUCGAACAAGUGAUGCAAUAGUGCACUAAUUUGCGAAGAUUAGGUUAUGCGACAUAUAAACAAAAAAUUAGCCGAUAAGAACUUUUCAUACAAUUAUCCUUCCUACGUCUGUUAGCGUGUAAAGUACAAUAGUGAUUAGUGUUAGGGAAGUAUUAUCAAGACGAGUAGCAACAAAACGAAGCAAACAAAUACAAUCAAAGGUUAGCCAGUGUUGCUUGAAGGGACGGGCACUGUUUGUAUAGGACAAUUUUAGAGUAACUCUAACAUUCUAUCAUCCUUGGUUUGGAUUUCACAAAGGAAGCAUUACAGGUUUUUUUUUCGGAAAGGUGAAUCAAUGGUCUAACUCCACUUUGUAAGGAUUGCAUAUCUCGACAUAUUCUUGUUCCGGUUCAUUCAUUUGGCCAGAUCGAUUCGAACCUUUAUACAUAAAGGUACACCCUAUACAGAAAAAAAGACACAAUUCCUAAGCGGAUAGUGGUUGAAACUUGCCAAUAAGCUAGAAAGAGGGCAAUUUUGUACAGGGGCGGCUUAGAUUAGGGCAUUUAGCGCUACAAAUUACUAUUCACUCAUGGCGCGUUUAAAACCCCAAAUCGACUGCUGCAAUGACAAAAUCGGUUCGUUUCCAGCUCAUACCGCAUUGGAGGACAAGGAGGACAAGGAGAUUAUCAUGCGAACUACUACUGCAACUUACCACAAAUCCAUUGUAGCAAUGGGAGAAUGAAAAUUGGUAGGUAUAAUGCAUUGCUAGGCGACAGGCUAUUCACAACCGACCGGUGCAUUCACAGCAACCUCUGAAAUUCCGCAUCACACGCAGUCACAGUUCAACUGCUGCCAAUCAUCUCGAGAAACAGAGAAAAGGAGAGAGAGAGCGAGUGUGUGGAAGAGCAGAUGUUAAGCAAAAAACAAAAUAAAAUCUAAAUUAAACUAAAUUAAUGUGGACAACCGUAAAAUGGAAAAUCUACAGCAAAACAUAGCAAACAGCAGCAGUAGGCGCUACUUGAUAUCGUUGAUGACCGUAUCGUUAGUUAAUGCCGAGCCGGACAACCCGAGUAACUCCCCCUUUCCUCCCUCAGUAACAGUAAAAUCCACUAGUAAUUUCAAAAUACAACUUCACCCAUCACCACCACCCCAAACCACUACUGCAUGCAAUGUUAAACGCGAAACGUAAAGGAAGAAAAUUGGAAACGCAAAAAGAAAAAGAUAAAACACAAAAAAUAGUGAUACUAUAAGCUAAUGGAGAGAGAGAGAGAGAGAGAGAGAGAGAGGAAACAAAACAACAAGAGCAUACAAAACAAGAAAAGAAACGACAAGAAAACAACGCGGCAACACACAAAAACCAACAAAAUAAUAAAAGCAAAUCAUUAUUAUCUAGCGUUAAA